AUGGAUAGGGUUUUUGAAAUUAUUAGUUUCCGUAACAUUUCUAAUCAAAUUGAAAUGACCAAAAGAGAAUUUCUUUCUGAAGUCAUAUUGAUAUUUUCUGUAGGACAAUAUGAAUAAGAGUUAAUGAACUUGCCAAAGUUACAAAUAGGAAUUGCAAUUGGCUUGAUCACUCUUGUUUAUAGGAUUAGCAAUCUUGUAGUGUAUUUGAGGUUUCGUUUUCAAGCUAUUGGGCUUCUUAUAGCUAUGGUGCCACCGAUCAUAAUGUUCAUUGUGGGCUUGGGCCUUGUUGGAUCGUAUGAAAUGGUGACCCAAGUGGUUCCUGGUUCCCCAGCAUGGCUCAUGAGGACAGUGCAUAAUGAAGAGACUUGGAACAAUAUCAAGUCUUGCAUAUACUCCACCAAAACUUGCAAGGAUUUAAUCUCGAGGACAUAUUUGUUGAAGUCUUAUGAUUACACAACUACCAAGUUGUCUUCAGUUGAGUCUGGGUGUUGCAUUCCGCCUUCAGUUUGCCAAAUGGAAUUCGUAAAUGCAACAUUUUGGAGAAAAGCAAAUUCACCAAUUAGUGCUCAUUCUGCAACUUUCGAUAAAGAUUGUGAUUUGUGGGAAGAUGAAGAAACAGUGUUAUGCUACAAUUGUCAUACUUUUAAAGACGGAUACUUUAGCGCAAUAGAAGGAAAAUGGUCAGAACUUGGAACAUUACUUGUUACCACGCCUUUGUUGCUUAUGUUUCUUCACCUGUGUUUCUAUGUAAAUAUAUAG